AUGCUCGCCGUCUCCCUCUCAUCCUCCGCCGCGGCGAUCGCCAGCGGCCGCGCCAGAUCCGAGGCGGCGGCGGCGCGGCGGCCCGGCGGGAUCCGGCUCUGCGGGCUCCGGCCGGAUGCCCCCGCGUGCGGCUCGCUGCGGCUCUCGCACGCCGCGGCGUCCGCGGCCGCGAGGCGCGCGGUGCCGAGGGCGGCUGCGUCGGGGAACGGCGCGGCGGGCGGCGGGUUCGACUACGACCUCGUCAUCAUCGGGGCCGGCGUCGGCGGGCACGGUGCAGCGCUCCACGCCGUCGAGGAGGGGUUGAAAACCGCCAUUAUCGAGGGAGAUGUUGUGGGCGGGACCUGUGUGAACAGAGGCUGCGUUCCAUCCAAAGCUCUUCUUGCUGUCAGUGGCCGGAUGAGAGAGCUUCAUGAUGAACAUCACAUGAAGUCCCUGGGUCUACAGGUUUCUGCUGCUGGAUAUGACAGACAAGCUGUUGCUGAUCAUGCAAAUAAUCUUGCCUCCAAAAUCCGAAGCAACUUGACUAACUCGAUGAAAGCUAUCGGAGUGGAUAUAUUGACUGGAUUUGGCACAAUUGUGGGAAAGCAAAAGGUACGAUAUGGAAAAGUUGGUUUCCCAGAUAAAGAAAUCACCGCGAAGAACAUCAUCAUUGCCACUGGAUCGGUUCCUUUUGUUCCCAAGGGCAUAGAAAUUGAUGGCAAGACUGUAUUUACUAGCGACCAUGCGCUAAAACUUGAGUCAGUUCCUGACUGGAUAGCUAUUGUUGGAAGUGGUUAUAUUGGACUUGAAUUCAGCGAUGUAUACACAGCUCUAGGAAGCGAGGUUACCUUCGUUGAGGCUCUUGACCAGUUGAUGCCUGGCUUUGACCCUGAAAUCGCAAAAUUGGCUCAGAGAGUCCUUAUUAAUACUAGGAAAAUCGAUUAUCACACUGGUGUCUUUGCAAGCAAAAUUACUCCAGCAAAGGAUGGAAAACCUGUGCUGAUUGAGCUCAUUGACGCAAAAACAAAGGAACACAAAGAAACCCUUGAGGUGGAUGCAGCGCUUAUAGCCACAGGAAGGGCACCAUUCACCAACGGACUUGGCUUGGAAAAUAUGAAUGUUGUUACACAACGUGGUUUUAUUCCUGUUGAUGAGCGGAUGCAAGUCACAGAUGCUGAUGGCAAUGUGGUACCGAAUUUAUUUUGCAUUGGAGAUGCCAACGGUAAACUCAUGCUUGCCCAUGCUGCCAGUGCACAGGGAAUCUCAGUCGUCGAGCAAAUCUCUGGGAGGGAUCACAUUCUAAAUCAUUUAAGCAUCCCAGCUGCUUGUUUCACUCAUCCAGAAAUCAGUAUGGUAGGGCUGACAGAGCCACAAGCCAGAGAAAAAGCUGAUAAAGAAGGAUUUGAGGUAAGUGUUGUUAAGACCAGCUUUAAGGCCAACACAAAAGCUUUGGCAGAAAAUGAAGGUGAUGGGAUUGCUAAGUUGAUCUACCGCCCUGACACAGGAGAAAUUCUUGGGGUUCACAUCUUGGGUUUGCAUGCUGCUGACCUCAUCCAUGAGGCAUCAAAUGCCAUUGCCUUAGGAACUAGUUUGCAAGAACUCAAGCUUGCUGUUCAUGCGCAUCCAACAUUAUCCGAAGUGCUCGACGAGCUCUUCAAAGCAGCCAAGGUUAACUCGGGUGUUUCUGUAAAUGAACUAGUUGCAGCCUAAAGAAGUGCAGGAGCGCAAGCAGAACCAUCCACCGCAGCGGCUCUUGAAGGUCCUUAGUUUCAUCACCAGCCUGCUGUUGCCGCAGAAAUGAGAUCGGUAACUCUUA